CAAAAGACAGAAAAAGAUACAAAAGCAAAGUAGAAAUAAAGAGAGAGAGAGACAAAACAAAACAAACAAACAAACAAACUAAAACACAACAAGAAAAACUGGAGGAAGAACACGAGGGAGGAGAAGAAGGAGAAGCAAGAUGAGAGAGGAAGGAGGAGGAGGAGGAGGCGAUGGAGGGCAGUGUGGAUCAUGCGGGUAUUACCUUAAAAACAUCAUUAAGUUUCUCAUCAGCCACAUCGGUCUCGUCUCUUUAGUCAUUGGGUAUACAAUUGUCGGAGCUUUCACCUUCGAGAGACUUGAGGCGGAGCACGAGAAAGCAGUCAAGGCUAAUAUGUCAGCGGUCAGGCUUGAGGUGACAGACGACCUGUGGAACAUCACCAAGAACGACAUAGUGUUGAACGAGACGAAGUGGUCGUUGUCUGUGCGUCACCGGCUGAUUAAGUUUGAGAAGUCGUUGAUCAAAGCCAUCAAGAACGAUGGCUGGGAUGGCAACGAGGACCCGGAGACCCGCCAGUGGACUUUUGCCGGCGCUCUCUUCUAUUCCAUCAUUCUUAUCACUACUAUUGGUUACGGUCACAUUGCGCCCAAGACGGACUGGGGUAAAGUGGUCACAAUCUUCUACGCCAUCCCAGGAGUGCCUCUCAUGAUGCUGUGCCUUGCUAACAUAGGGGACGGGAUGGCUCACUCCUUCAGGUUUCUCUACUGGAAAGUCUGCUGCUACGCGUGUACCAAGAGGCCCAAGAAGAGACGGAGAGGCAGGUCCACGCGCUCCUCCAGAAGGUACCCCAGCACUUCAGGAGGCUCAAGGACGCGCACCUCUUCCUUCAGGAGAUCCAAAAGGGCGUCAGAGAAAUCAGCCGACUCUCAUCUAAGUGACUCCGCCUUCUACACCUCCUCCUACUCCGACCCCGACUAUAAGAUGGAGGACGAUAUGGUCGAGGCUGACAUGCGCACGCUAGGGAGUCACCGCCAUUCGGAGCACAGCCACACGAGGGCCUCUCAGAAUUCCCGGGGAUCUGACUAUCUUGCCCCGCCCGCUAAAGAGGAUGACGGGCGGGUAGCGGUCCUCUUCAACAAGUACGCCCUCGAGCAGGAAGGACUGGCACAGGAGGACGUGGCGAGGCCCUCCGUCAGGGACUCAGACAGGGACGGUGACCUCAGAGGAGACCGCGAGGGAAGGGAGGCGAGGGAGGGGAGCAGACGCAGCAGGAGAGACGAGGAAGCUGACCUGCCCGUGACGCACCAGCCUAGGGGAAGCCACCGCGGGCCCCCUCCUAACCCAGGCUACAACGACUCCCCACCAAUGCCCCGCUCGCCACGCGCUUCAGAACGCUACCAGCGCCAUCUGUCCCCGCCACACGACCCCCGCGGCCGUAUGUCACGCAUGGACGAGGACUACUACUAUGAUGACUACGAUGACUACGACGACGAGGAGGAAGAGGACGAUAUGGGAGAUAAGCCGGUGCCCAUCUGGCUUGGCGUGAUGCUCGUGGUGGCUUACAUCUUCGGGGGCGCCACACUCUUCGCUGGCUGGGAGAAAUGGGGCUUCCUGGACUCCGUUUAUUUCUGUUUCAUCACCCUCACUACUAUAGGUUUCGGUGACUUCGUGCCUGCGCAGAAGGUGAAGGACAACGUGGAACUGAGCAUUGCCUUGUGUUCCAUCUAUCUGCUCUUUGGCAUCGCUCUCCUGGCCAUGAGCUUCAACCUGGUGCAGGAGGAAGUGAUCAGCAACGUGAAGAGUAUGGCAAGGCGACUCGGGAUUCUCAAGGACGAAGAGGAGGAGGAGGACCUGGAUUAAGAUGGGGCGGGGCUUACAUUCUCAAACUUUUCAUCUCAUCUCGGCUUUCACA